UACCCAUUUUUGUCUUGAACAUUUCUUACAAGCAUAGCAGCAAUCUGAAACAUCAUUUAUCAUCCUCGGCUUUGCUCAAUUGUGACUGCUGCCUCUCGUGGUGAUGGACGGGGAUUGGGAGAGGCCUCGUAGAAUGACGCAGAUAACAACAAAGAAAACCAAACCGUCUCCCGAGGUAUCCACGAAGACAAAAAAUUCGAAAACGACAAAAAAAGAUUCCGGCUAUUGUGGUUCUUUUGCUAAAUUGUUUGUGUUCGUAUUGGUAUGUUCAUUAGCCAGUUCAAGUUAUACAAUACGCAAUUACAAUUACAGCGAUUCUAAAUUACUUUACAAGACAGACCAAUACGUUAUAAGCCAUUGGUUUAGUUCUUUUUCAACCUUACUCUGCAAAAGCUAUGAAUUAAACACGUUCUACAAUGCUGACGCUUUCCUUGUGAAUGGAGAAGCAAGAAGCAGUCAGAAAUGGCGGGAAGUCAUAACUUUGACUGAGCGUGACGUCAUAAAGGAGAACGAUUAUGCAUACCAUGCCUCCCAUUUAAUUCACGGGUCGUCAAUUCAUGUCAAAGGAUGUAGCAUUCUCGAAAUGUUGCCAAAAGCCGAAGUUUUGGUCAUCAAAGGCAACAGUAAUUGGGAAAGUUGGAAAACCGGAAAUUGUCCGAUUACAUGCGUGGCAAAAUCCAUCGACAUCAAAGCGCAAGAGACAUGCAACUUUAUGGAAAUCUUUGAUCUCGAAUACGAUGUGACGUCAGACGACAAUUAUUACGUAGUAAUAACAAAGAAAGCGGACAGUGGCGACCAGUCAACAUUUAUUUACAGUCAACUAAAACUCAACAAAACAGUUUAUGAUUUGUCGCAGACUGUCAGACAUUGUCAUCAACAGCAAUCGUGCGUUCUCCCUCUCGACUUCGGCAAACAGCAAGAAAUCAUUGUCAGAAUAGAAAACGACCAAUCAUCUAGUCACCUAGGCUCUGUUCGGACACAAUGCCAAUUACGAACAAUCAUGUUGGUUGGCGUUUUCGCAAUUCUACCUGCUUCCUUAAUUCUAUUGGCGGGUCUUUGCUGUUGUAUGUGUUACACUAUGGGAAAACGGGAGGCCAAAAUUAAUAGAAAGUUGCAGAUAACCAAAGCAUUGGUUAACAACGACAAAGAGAAGUUGCCGCCGUCUUAUGACUCUAUCACCAAAAUACAAGCUUCCGAUUCAAUAGCUUAAAUAUUCGGACAUAAAACAAACCGACGAUGAAGCUUACAUCUUAUUUGACUAAUUUUAAUUAUAAGACUAUUCUAAUAUUAAAAUAAAGCUAAAAUUAUUUAUUUUAAAAUAGACAAAAUGAAGUAUCAAAUCUCUAAUAUUGUAGACUCAUU